GAUUGAAUAGCGCGAGGUACUUUCGGUUCACAUUGGCCAAGGCGGUGUGCAGAUGGGCAACGCCUGCUGGGAGCUUUAUUGCUUGGAGCACGGUAUACAACCGGACGGUAUGUUGCCACCGCAGACCUGUAGUAACACCGACGAAGGUUUCCAGACCUUCUUCAGCGAGACGGGCGGCGGGAAAUACGUGCCUAGAGCCGUUUUCCUCGAUCUCGAACCGACGGUAAUAGGUAAGGCUAAACCGGAGAAAGAUACGAGUCGAAACGAUAACGAGAUAUGCCAACAUUCCUACCCUUACUUAGACGAGGUGCGUACGGGAACGUAUCACCAGCUGUUCCAUCCCGAGCAGCUGAUCUCCGGUAAGGAGGACGCCGCCAACAAUUACGCGCGCGGUUUCUACACCCUCGGCAAGGAGCUCAUCGACCUCGUGUUAGAUAGAAUCCGCAAGAUAGCCGACAUGUGCGGCGGCCUGCAAGGUUUCCUCAUCUUUCACGCUUUCGGCGGGGGCACCGGGUCUGGCUUCGCCAGUCUAUUGAUGGAGCGUCUGUCCAUGGAUUAUGGCAAGAAAUCCAAGCUCGAAUUCGCCAUAUAUCCGUCGCCGCAGAUCUCCACGGCGGUCGUGGAACCGUACAACGCGAUCCUAACGACUCACAACACCAUAGACAACUCGGAUUGCGCGUUUCUCGUUGACAACGAGGCGAUUUAUGACAUUUGCCGACGUAAUCUGGACAUCGAACGGCCGACCUACACGAAUCUGAAUCGUCUCAUCGGUCAGAUCGUCUCCUCGAUCACGGCGUCUCUGAGGUUUGACGGCGCUCUAAACAUCGACCUCACCGAGUUCCAGACGAAUCUCGUACCCUAUCCCAGGAUACACUUCCCUCUCGUCACCUACGCGCCAAUUGUAUCCAGCGAGAAGGCCUAUCACGAGCAGCUCACCGUGAUGGAGCUCACCACGGCCUGCUUCGAGCCGGCUAUGCAGAUGGUCAAGUGUGAUCCGCGAAGAGGAAAGUACAUGGCCUGCUGUCUACUAUACAGAGGCGACGUGGUGCCGAAAGAUGUCAACGCCUCGAUCGCGAUCAUCAAGACCAAGAGGUCGAUACAGUUCGUCGACUGGUGUCCGACGGGUUUCAAGGUAGGAAUAAAUUAUCAACCGCCGACUGUGGUACCGGGCGGUGAUCUGGCAAAGGUACAAAGAGCCAUGGCCAUGUUGGCGAAUACCACAGCAAUCGCCGAAGCGUGGGGGAGACUGAACAGAAAAUUCGAUCUCAUGUUUAGCAAACGAGCCUUCGUCCAUUGGUACGUCGCCGAAAACAUGGACGAGAGCGAAUUUAACGAAGCCAGGGAAGAUCUGGCGGCGUUAGAGAAAGAUUACCAGGAAGUCGCAACGGAUUCUGUGGAUAUCGGCGAAGGUGGCGAAGAAUUUUAAUCGCUGCCGAAAGAACUUGCACGCAUUUUGGUGGGAUAAAUGAACCUUUUUUUUUUUUUUUACUCGAUUGUACCGUUUUUAUAGGAUUUUUACAUUGAUUUUCUGUGCUGUCUUAUAUAUUUUAUGCAUCGUUUUUAUUUUAGAUUAAAGUUUAUGCGCGUCUUUGUGAUAAUAAAAUGUUAGAUCAUUCACACUCUGUGGUAUGAUAAUUCUUAAUCAGAAACUUGGAUCGUUAAAGGGGAAUUUCUCGGGGGAGAAAUUGGGGGGAAAGGAAUUUAAGAAAGACGUAAGAGCGUACGUAGAUAUUAUAGGCUUUUUAUUGUAUAGAACAGCACGCGGCUGCGCGAAUUAUAUUACAUAUGUAUAAAUUUCCGUCGGCAUCUUUACAUUACGGUCGGAGAAACUCUCGCAUCGCGCACGUAAAACUUUUUUGUUCUUUCCUCGAGUGUGUUAAGUGUGGUGGUAAAAAUCGUGAACAUUUCGUAUUUGUGCAUGUUACGCUGAUACGUGAGAAACUUAAAAUAGAUAUUGCAAAAAAAAGACGAAAGGAAAGAAACGCGUACUAUCUCGCGGAUGUAUUAAACUUUGCGGAAUAUAAAUGUCGAAUUAAAUAAUCGUUAGUCGUAUAUAAUUACGAUGAUAAUAAGGGCGAUAGUGUUGCGCAAAUGAUCGAGGCGUGGCCAAGCUGACGACAGAAUAACAUACGACAAUUAAUCACGCUGAUCACAACGAUAACGAUGAUAGGUUAAUUAUAAACAUUCGUCGUAAUUAUUAUCAAGCAUCUCUCUUACUCUCUCUCUCUCUCUCUCUCUCUCCUUCUCGCUCUAUCGUUUUUUUGGACUGGUUCUUAUCGUUCAUAUCAUAUCAAUAGAAUAAUAAUAAUAAUCUAUUGUUAUAUUUUUUUAAUAGAAUCUCGGACACGCCGUUGCAGGCAGACGCGCGUGAUAUAAUUUGCAUCUUCCUCCUCGUAUCUAUAAAAUUUCUCCGUCUCCAUCUCUCCCUGUAUUCUACCUAUCUCCCUCUUCCGUUUACUUAAAAGGAAAAAGGGGGAAACGCUUUUCUUUUUAUCAUACUUUUUGGAUUGGCAGACUGAGCCUGCCGCUCGCUGGACUAGAGAUUUUCACUACCGCUUUAUUGCGCAUCCGUUAUUAUAAGAGGAGAGCAUUGCUCCUUCGCUUCUCGUUAAAAAUUAAUUCUUUAAAGGGCCAGACACUUCGCCCCCCUCUCUCUCUCUCUCUCUCUCUCUCUCUUUCUCCCUCCUUCUCUCUUAGCUCGAAAAUCAUUUCUUCCAUUUUCUCUCGAUUGUAGAAAAUUCGUCGUCUUCCUCUCUCUCGGGCGAGACGAA